AUGUGGCUCAAAAUGUCGGGUGUAGGUCUGGUGCUCCGUCUUGAUCUUCUGCAAAGAAGUAUCGUGUCGAAACAUGGGCUUGCACACCCGGCCACACGUGAGCGAAUGAUCUGCAUUGCUGCGCGCACCAGGCAACCAGCUUGCCACAUGGUGCUUUCACCGAAAAUGUGGUAUGGAUGCGUGCUGGAGGCGCGAUUUGUUUCGGGCGGGUGGCAGGUAAGUUCUCAUGGUCGGGUUUCAAACGCUUCUGGCACAAUCCACUGUGGCACAGUCCACAGCGAAGGGUAUCGCAGGGUAUACAUUGAUGGCCAAAGCUACUUCGUUCAUCGCUUGGUGGCCUCAACCUUCCUGGGCCAACCGCCGGAUCCUAGCAGGUGGCAGGUCAAUCACUUGGACCAGAACCGCGAGAACAACCGCCUGUCGAAUUUGGAGUAUGUUUCUCCUUCCGAGAAUCAGAAGCAUUCUUGGGCCACCAACUUGGCUCGGCAGUCUGGUGCUGCCAAACAGAGCCAAGCGGUUCUAUGGCGACCUUUGGGUGAAGAGGCUUGGACAUUAUGUGCAUCGCAGCACAAAGCAGGAAGAGUGCUGGGUGUGCCCCAGGCAGCCAUCUCGAGGUGCUGCCGCGGUUUGGCGAGGAAGUCACGCGGAAACGGGGUUUGGUACGAAUUCAAACAAGCUCCCAUCAUUGAGCAGAGCGGUGUCCCUUCUGAGAUUUGGAAGCCUGCGCGGUAUCCAAAUGAACCUGGUCUUAUCCCGAACCUAUUGGUCAGCAACCACGGCCGAGUUUCACAAACAAGCCGUUGCAUUGAACAUGUCUGUCGCGGUACCUACCUUAGCAGUGGCUACUACUCUGUCAAGAGGGCUGGCAGAACGCUCUUAGUCCACCGUGCCGUUGCUGCGACAUUUCUCGGCCAGCCAGAAAAUCCUGAUUUCCAGGUCCACCACAAAGAUUCGGAUCGGGGAAACAACCAUGUGCAAAACCUGGAAUAUGUUACUGCAUCACAGAAUGUGAAGUAUUCUUGGCAAAGGAGGCCUGCAAAGAUAUCUGGCAUAGCUGUGCGAGCAUGCCUAAUGGGAGGUGACGCUUCGGCACGAUGUUGGCUCCAGUUUGAGUCGCUUGCAGCCGCGGCUGCGCACACUGGGGUCAAUGCCCAAAAAAUCUCACGUGUCUGCAAGGGUCUUCGUCGCGAUGCCUCCUGGCAGUUCGAGUUUGCGGAGGAGCACCACGAAGGUGAAGAUUGGCGUCCUGUGGUGCUCGAAGGAGCAAGGCGAUCGCAGACCUGA